AUGGCGGAGCCCGCAGCGAAGAAGGCGCGCACCGGGCGCACUUUCCUUUUCUCCUCGGAGUCCGUGAACGAGGGCCAUCCGGACAAGAUCUGCGACCAGGUCUCCGAUGCGGUUCUGGAUGCAUGCCUGAAGGUGGACCCCAAGAGCAAGGUGGCCUGCGAGACUGCGACCAAGGACAACAUGGUCAUGGUGGCGGGCGAGAUCACCACGCAGGCAAAGCUGGACUACGACAAGGUGGUGCGAGGAGUGGUGGAGCAGAUUGGCUUCGACAGCUUUGUGGACGAUCUGUCCAGCGUGGACAGCAAGGGCUUGAGCUUCAAGACCUGCGAAGUUUUGGUGCGCAUCAACAAGCAGAGCCCGGACAUUGCGGGCGGCGUGCACGUGGGCAAGGAUGAGAUGGACGUGGGCGCAGGCGACCAGGGCAUCAUGUUUGGCUAUGCCAGCGAUGAGACCUCGGACUGCAUGCCCCUGACUCACUCCAUGGCCACGCGGCUCGGCAAGACCCUGACCGAUGUGCGCAAGAGCGGGGAGUGCUGGUGGCUGCGACCAGAUGGCAAGACCCAGGUGACCAUCGAGUACCUGCAGCACCCGGACGGCUCCGUGGAGCCCAAGAAGAUCCACACUGUGGUGAUCUCCACUCAGCACGCGGAGCCUCUGAAGGCCGUGCGCAGCAAGGAGUGCGCUGGCUACAAGGGCACAGAGAUGACUGCACCCAGCAUGGAGCAGAUGAACAAGGAGAUUGAAGAGAAGGUGAUCAAGCGCACGCUGGAGUCCAUCACGCUGAAGAGCGGCAAGUCCGCCAUCACCCUGUGCCUGGUUCAGCUGUCCUAUGCCAUCGGCGUGGCAAAGCCUUUGUCUCUCUUUGUGGAGACCUACGGCAGCGAGAAGGGAGAUCUCACGGUGGACGACAUCACCAACGUCCUCAAGAUCGAGUUCGAUUGCCGCCCUGGCGCCAUUGCACAGUCGCUGGCUUUGCGCGAGCCGAAGUACCAGGACACGGCUGCCUACUGCCACUUCGGCCGAGAGGCAGUGACAAAGGAUGGCAUCAAGUUCUUCGAGUGGGAGAACCCCAAGGACCUUUCCAAGUACAAGGCCAUGAAGAGCGCUCAGGUGGAGGCUGCCUUGAAGGGCAGCAACUACCUGACGAAGUGGGUGGACUAA